UAAGGUGAAAGGCGGCGACUUUCUGCGACACUUCUCCAGCGAACAGCCUCAAAGCCGCAAGAAAACAAAAAAAGACAACACCUGCCGGAUAAGAAGCAUGGAAGGCCGCACCGUUUAUCUCCUGGCCGCACUCCUCAUCCUCACCACCUUCACCGCCAGCACCCACUCAGCCAGCUGCUGUUUGAGGUACAUCAACCGCCAGUUGCCAUGCCAACGGAUGUCAGGCUACACCUUCCAGUCCAUGGGCAAGUCCUGCGACAUCAACGCUGUCAUCCUGCACCUCCCCGGAAGGUUUUUGUGCGCCGACCCUGCUGCCAGCUGGACCCAAAGAGCGAUGCGGUGCCUCGACGAGCGCAGGAGGAAGAGCGACGAGGCCCUCCAGCAAUCUGCCAACAACGCCACCGCAGCGGCAGCACCAGCAUAAACUCUGACAGUCGCAUUUGUUUUUCGCGCUGCAUUCAUGUUUGUGCUUCAUCACUUUUGAUUUGAUUUCAACACAAAUCUAAGCUCUGUUUUAUAAACAGCCAAGCAUAGUAUUCUGAAUACUUGAACUUUGGAAAGUUCUCACAUGUUCAUGUUUUAUGGUGGACAGUAAAAGUACGACGCAUUUCGGUUCUCAAAGGUCUUUUCAUGUUGUGCGGGUUUGGUGCCUGUUAAUUUAUUAAACUUUUUUG